CGUUGCGGCGAUGGAAAUGUAAAAUAAUCAUUGAAGACGAUGUUGUUUUCUCAAGCGACUUCUACUGGCGAAGAGCAGAGCAGCAAAUUAACACAAUUAAAAAAACCGGCUCAAAGAAUAGAGUAAUUAUACCAAAAAUCAAAGUCAUAACAUUCACGCCCUUUCCGUUUAGCCCCAUGGUCUAGGCUACUUCAUUUCUUAUUUCAGCCCGGAAAGAGAAACAUUCUAAAGUGCGUGCCAGCCGAACGCGAUCAAAGGAAAACCAGAAAAUCAAAUAGAUUCGUCGCAUCAGCCUUUCGUUGAGCGUGUGCUCUGGUCUGUUGGUGAGUGUGUGAUUUGAUUAGAAUUUAGGCAGGGGUAAGUGGAGUGCAUUGCAUCGAACUUCGACAGAAGGAAAUCAAACAAAUGAAGUCCAUGAAACUGGGCAAAUUGGUGGAGUUGAGUGGUCCAUUCAUGCUCUUGCUACUAUGGCCUGUGAAACUGGUUUACAGCACUUCGAACAUUUUAAAUUUGGAUGCCAAACACAAGGACAUCGCUGUGGCAGAGAGUGCCGAUGACGCCGACUUUACCAGUGACAACAAUAACAACAGAAGUUACAGCGACAAAAACGGCAACAUAGGCCGCUCUGGACCAACAGCUGUGACUGAUAUUCAUUCGAGAGCCAAACGCUUUAUUUCCUUUCCAGUGGGCUCAUCUUUUUCGACGGCUGUUUGUCUGACCACCGGCGUCAUUGGUAAUCCCCAUGUCGACUAUCUCAGUAUGGGCUUGAAUUGGGGCAUUGCCUAUGAUUUGCCCAACACCACGUGGGUGUUGGAACAUGCCAAAGGAUUCGGAAACAAGGACGACAGUGGUGCUCAGAUAAAACGACGUCAUCGUCGAGAUCUGUACGGCAAGUUGGAAACGCUUAUCAGUGGCAUGGGCUACAAUGGACGCGAUUGCAUUCUGAGGGCUUUGUGUGAGAGUCGCCUGUACUUCCAGAACACGAAAAUGGGCAUGAUUGGAGAAAUGUUGCGAAGCAUAUUUAGCCUGCCUCGACAGCGAGUCUACCGACGAGAAGUUGCUGAAAGUCCAGAUGCGACCAUAUACGAUAGGGCAUAUCGUCGUCCUCGUUCCACAGGUUCCGAGGACGACUGUUCUACCCAAUACGACUGUGGAUUUUCGCUAUUGGAGUUGGCGUUUGGCAAAUACUCCCGACCACCACCCGGUUACUAUGAACAGCAUUGAAGUGUAGAUCCACUAACCACUGCUUGAACCACUUACUAUAGGAUAGCAGCAAAACCGAGCUGAUCUGACUCUGUCUAAUUCGAUACGAGGACGUUUUGUGUUUUUCCAUUUAUUUAAUUCGAUACGUUUUCGGGAUACAAUUGCACUUUUUAAUAAACAAUUUCACUUCAGUGAAUUGUGGAGAUUAUUUCGUUUGGAAUAGUAAAAAAACGUUGUUAUGCUUUACAAAACGGCAGGGACGAUGGUGCUAAAACUGGUUCCGCAAUAAAGAAACAUUUAAAACGCAUUUUGUAAUAAAA